GAUGCAUGGUGUUUGAGUGUAGAAGUGUGAGUGUGACGUGAAGUAUCCGGUAUUUUGGUGUCUGGAUUACUACAACAAUGGGUGCACAAAGAAAUUUGACAAUGGCUUUCUAUUUAUUUCUGCUGGCCCUUCUUGGGUGUGGUUCCUGUCUGAAGAAAUCAGAUUGCGAAGUGUGUGUGACAGUAAUGGAAAAAUUUAGCGGUCAGCUAAGCGAUGAUGUAAGAUCGAAGCCAACAUUGAUUGAAGAUGAAUUUAGGAAAUUCUGCAAAGCUACGAAAGGAAAAGAGAACAGAUUUUGUUACUAUUUGGGUGGUCUCGAGGAGUCUGCGACUGGAAUACUGGGAGAAAUGUCCAAGCCAGUGUCGUGGUCAAUGCCAGCUGAAAAAGUGUGUGAAAAAUUGAAGAAAAAAGAUUCACAGAUUUGCGAUUUACGCUAUGAUAAGACCAUUGACUUAAAAACAGUGGACCUCAAGAAACUGAAAGUGCGUGACCUGAAGAAAAUUCUCAGUGACUGGGAUGAGACCUGCGAAGGAUGUAUAGAAAAAACAGAUUUCAUCAAGAGGAUAGAGGAGCUUAAACCCCAGUAUCUCCGCCAGGAACUUUAAUUAUUAAACCUGUUUUUCCUCAGGUGGUUCUGAUUUAAUUGUUUUAUACAAAAAAUUAUGUUAAGACAUUUUGUGCUGGCUAUAUUUUAGGCAGCAUUAUCCAUUGGUUCCAUAAAGAUAAACUGAAUGAAACAGCAAAUACGUUAAGAAAGGAAAUGUGCUGAGCCUGGAGAGAUGAUGUAUAUGUAACUUAU